AUGACGACACUGCUGGACCUGAAGAGCAGUGUGCUUCGGCAGGUGCAGAGGAGCCAGUCCCUGAGGAGCAGACGGGACCCGCCCCCUCCCACCCCCAGCAGCCCCCUCACACACUACCCUGAGCCUCUGUCACGCAGGGUUUCAGAGGAGAGCGCUGAAUUCUUUGAACACGUCAAUGGCAUCAUGCAGAAACAGGAGAACAUGCUGCGCUCUGCCCAGGCCGAGAGUCAGAGAGGCCCAUGCACAGUGCCUCCACCUCAGGAACAAGUGGAUCAGGCCUUCAUCCCCGAGCGCAUCAACCGGACAGAGCUGGACCUACUUUACGAGGAGGCGGUGUACACAGUGGUGAAUCGAGUGGGCGUGGCACCUCCUGAGCAUGUGAAAAGUGAUGAGGAGCUGUUUGCGUAUCUACUGAAGGUGUUUGAUAUGGGAGAAGAGGAGCAUGAGAUCAUUCUACAGAAAGUCCAAGAGUCUAAGCGUGCCAGCUUUUCUUUGCGAGUAUCUGUGCUGAAAGCAAAGAAUCUCAUGGCCAAGGACGCCAAUGGUUAUAGUGACCCCUAUUGCAUGCUGGGAAUUCUUGAGGGUCAAAGCCCACAUGACAUGGAGGAGAAGAAAGAGAGAAAGUUCAGCUUCAGAAAAAGGAAGGAGAAACUGGAGAAGCGUUUAAGCACAAAAGAGGCAUUACCAGCACGAUGUAUUCAGGUGACCGAAGUAAAACCGGAAACUCUCAACCCUGUGUGGGACGAGCACUUUGUUUUUGAAAUUGAUGAUGUCCACAAUGAUCUCCUACAUCUGGACAUAUGGGAUCAUGACGACGAUGUGUCUGUGGCUGAAGCGUGUAAAAAGCUGAAUGAAAUCAGUGGUCUCCGGGGAAUGGGCAGGUAUUUUAAGCAGAUAGCAAAAUCAGUGCGCGCCAACGGCUCUGCUUCUUCAGGAUCUGAGGAGAAUGCAGAUGACUUUCUCGGUUGCAUCAACAUCCCUUUGAAUGAGAUGCCAGUGUCCGGAUAUGACACCUGGUUCAAACUGGAGCCGCGUUCGAGUGCAUCCAAAGUUCAGGGAGAGUGUCAUCUGAUUUUAAAGCUCUUCACCAGUCAGAGAGACACCACUCUGUCCAAGAAGGACACCAACGUCUCCAUUCACAGGAAGCUACUGAGUCAGAUUGUCGAGUAUGAACAUGCUCACAUCAAGCGUGAACCAUACAACUGGACUGGGCAAGUGAGUCCUCCAGCCUGGACAGUCCUGACUCACCAUGCAGUGCAGACGGACCUGUCCCCGGUGCAACAGGCCAUUAUCCGCUGGCAGUGCUACAGUGCCCAUCACCGCACUCAGAGGGUGUGUUACUCCCUGCUGCUCCGCCUCCUGAGGAGCAUCGAUGCAGAGUGGGAUGCCCCCACUGUGCGCGGAGACCUGGAGAGGCAGCUGUCAGACAGCUUCAGGCUGUACACUGAGCACUGCCUGUGUCUGAUGAAGAAUAUGAGGCAGGUGUUCCCCUGCUCCAGUGCCGCCGCCAUCACACGCUACGAGCUCAUGCUCAGGGGGAUUGGUUAUAUGCAGAACAUGCGGGCCUUUAAGACUGUAUGCCCUCUUCGAAAUGAGCUCCAUCUAGACAUCACCACAGCAAUUAAGAAAGGAACAGCUGAAUGGUAUGAGAGCCUAAUCAUGAGAUACAAACCAGAAGAUGGGACACUGGAGGAGCAGUUGAAGAAGUUGAUCCAAGUUGUAGAUGCAGUGUGUGUAGAUGUACAAAGAGCACAGAAUAUCUACAACAAACUUUUUUACAGUGCAGUCAAAGUGGAUUUCUUCAGCAUUACAUACAGGCAAUUGGAGAAACUUGUAGCAGAUGAUGUGAACGUGGCCAUGGAGCGUGUGUGUGGGACUCUGGAGCAGGAGACCUCCAGACUGUCCCAGACCAUGGGAGAGACUAUCUUUGAACUCUUCACGUCCCUAAAGAUCCUCAAAGGCUUUCGCGAGUUUUUGCCUCUCAAAGAUGCAAAGAUGUUGGCCCUGACUGGAUUUCACAACUGGUUUAAGUCGUCCAUUCAUAAGUGGCUGCAGAUAGUUCACGACAGGUCAUGUGACAGGAUCUGCAAGGCUGUGGACACGGACAAGCUGGAGCCAUUGGGACAGGCUAAGCACAGCUCAUCGGCCGUGGAGGUGGCUCUGUGCUUCGCUCAGGUCAGAGAGAUGUGGCAGCAGCUGUCCUGGCCCGACUCCGCUGGGGCGUUCAUCUUCAUCACCAGACUGACGGACAAUUUCUGCAGCGAGGCCGUGUGUUACUCUGAGAUGAUGACCCGUAAGAUUGAAAGGAGCCAGCUGGGCCGGGACCACAAGAGCUUCACAGUGCAGCUCUGCAUCGCCUUGAACAGUAUGGAGCACGUCAGGGUGUUUCUGGGUCACCUGCCGCGGGACCUGGACUGGAGCGGGGUGGAGCGAGCCAUGGAGGAGAGCUGUGGGACGGAGGGGAAGGAGCAGGUCUAUAAGGCUCUGAACGGACAGCUCUACAACAUGGACCUGGACCUGCAGAGGGAGGCCAAAAGACUCAUCUCUGUGCUAACUGACAAGAUGCUGCCGGAGCUGCGGAGGUACAUCCAGCACAUAAGCCUGUCUCCAGACUCCAUCAACAAUGACGAGGCUGUGUCUCCUCUUAUGAAGUAUCUACAGGACACUAUGAACAUCCUGACUGACAACCUGGUUAAGGAGAAUCUGACAAGGGUGCUUCAAGGCAUGUGGGAGCUGCUGCUGAGAAUGAUCCUGGAUGCAGUGACUGAAAACAGAGGGGUCCAAAUAGAGUUUUACAAUCGCUUUCAAUACACUGUUGAGACACUGCUGCAGUUCUUUCAUUCCAGUGGAGAAGGGCUCACUGUGGACGAUAUGAAGAGCGGAGAUUUCAAGGCUCUGGAGGAGGAGCUGAAGCUGAACAAGUGCUCGUCCUUUGAGCUGAUCGAACAGUACUAUCUGGAGAAGAUUUCUCAUCAGAAAACACUCAAGCACACUCGAUUUGGACGCAUCAGUGUCAAGUGCUACUACGAUGCUUCAGAGCAGAGACUGACAGUGGAGAUCCUUCAUGCUGCUGAUAUUCUUGCACUAGAUGCCAAUGGUUUGAGUGAUCCGUUUGUCAUCGUGGAACUCUGCCCUCAUCAUCUUUUCCCUUUGGCCAAGAGCCAGCGCACACAAGUCAAACUCAAAACACUACACCCUGUUUUCGAUGAGCUAUUUUACUUCCACGUCAGUCCAGAGCAGUACCGACACAGAUUUGCCUGUCUAACCUUCACUGUGAUGGACUAUGACUGGUUGUCCACUAAUGACUUUGCUGGCGAGGCUGUGGCUCCUCUGAGUGACUUCUGCUGGCCGGGCCGACCCAACGCCUCAGCGCAGGGCAAGAACGUGCAGCCCAUCAUCCUGCAUUUGUCCCGCAGCAAACCCAGCGAGAAGCCAAUCAUGAGGAUGUUGGACGCGCGCAUCGGAGAUAGAGAAGCCCAGGAGUUUGUCCGCAGGCUGAAGGAGAUCGAGAAAUCAAUGGAGAACGAAGAGUGA